CCAGAGAGCUGUCGGGAUGCAGCAGAGCGGAGCGGCUGGAGGCCGUGGCUGCGCUCUGUUCCCACUGCUGGGAGUCCUGCUCUUCCAGGGUGUUUACAGCUUGGAGAUUAAAGCGGAUGCACAUGUCCGGGGUUAUGUUGGAGAGAAGAUCAAGUUGAAAUGCACCUUCAGGUCGACCUCAUCUGUCACUGACAAACUCACCAUAGACUGGACGUACCGACCCCCCAGCAGCAGUCGUACGGAAUCCAUUUUUCAUUACCAGUCCUUCCAGUACCCAACGACAGCAGGCACAUUUCGGGAUCGAAUUUCCUGGGUUGGAGAUGUGUACAGAGGGGAUGCCUCUAUAAGCAUCAGCAACCCUACCCUCAAAGACAACGGGACAUUCAGCUGUGCUGUGAAGAAUCCCCCAGAUGUGCACCAUAACAUUCCUGUGACAGAGCUAACGGUCACAGUGAGGGGAUUCGGCACCAUGCUCUCCUCCGUGGCCCUCCUCUCCAUCCUUGUCUUCAUCCCCUCAGCUGUGGUGGUUGUUCUGUUGCUGGUGAGGAUGGGGAGGAAGUCAGCUGGGCUGAAGAAGAGGAACAAGUCUGGCUACAAGAAGUCAUCUAUUGAAGUUUCAGAUGACACUGACCAAGAGGAAGCAGAUGACUGCAUGGCAAGACUUUGUGUUCGUUGUGCGGAGUGCCUGGAUUCAGACUAUGAAGAGACAUAUUGAUGAAAGGCUUCACGAUAUAAGAAGAGUCACCUAAUGGAAAAUAUCCCAUUCCAUUGGCAGCUAAAGCCUCUCAGAAACAAAGCUGGCUUGGGUUGCUGUGCUGGAAGAUUCUGGAAGCCAUCCGUAUAGACGUUAGGACCCAUUUAUUUAUUGAAGAACUGUUCUUUUUAUAUUUAUGAACUGUCCAAGAACUCUCAGAAGAAACUCCUAACUACCCCUUUUGAUAACAUAUGCUCUAAUUGAAUGAAGGAAUCCUCUUCCUGAAUAGAAAAAAACUUUCUGUUUUGCCUUUGCUCUUGGACAUGUUACAUGCUUCCUUCCAGUUAUUUGAGGGAAAAUCCUAAGUGUGGGCCACAUGGCUGAGGCCAAAAUAUUUUUAAAAAAUGAAAUGGAGCUUGUAACGCCCAGAUGUCCUACCAGACGAAAUGUUUGUUUGGAAUAAGUAUUCUUUGCAUUUUCUCCGUGACUGUUUUCAGCCGCAGAUCAGCAUACAGCGUAUACUCAUUGGUUUAAUGACGUUAUCGAUUGUGUUUGGGUGACUUGGAACUCUAAUUUCCAUAGAGUUGGUAAGGCCUGGAACCCAUGGUUUGCUUUGACGGGUUUUUAAAGUAUUAAAGUAUCAUCAGUGUACAAUUAAGGGAAGGAACAAUUAAGGAAGGAUCCCUUUCUUUUAUGUUUUGAAACGUUUUUUUUUGUGGGGAAUGUAUAGAAUAGUUUAUCAUUUAUUUGCAAGGAAAUAAUCUUUUUAUAACAAAUGCCACGCCAGAGUUCAAAUGUCAGAUUUACUUUAACAAGGCUUAUGUUUAUCAGAAGUCAUCUCUUCACCUGUGUUAUUCUCCAGAACUUCUUUGAGUUCUAAAAUACGCCAAAUGUGAGUGAACCAAGGUACUUGCAAACUGUUUUUUGCAUCAGAGUUGACAUAAGGAAGUGAGGUGGUACAUAACAUAAGGAAGUGAGGUGGUACGCAAUCUAUACUUCUCAUUUCUAGUCUCUCAAUACCUUACAUCAGCUUCCUCCGUUUUCCCACAGGACCGAUUUCAAAUUUUAACUUACAUGGGAUUUUCUAGAAGCUAUUAAGAAAUAUGUAUGACAUGUCUAGAAGGAUUGACAGCGUAGUCCUCUGUAAAAGAGCAAUAGAGUUCACUUCUCAAUUAUGAGAGACAAGAAUUAUCCCCUCCUCCCAUCUUUGUUUAUCUUCCCCCCAUGUUUCUUCACGAGGUGGCUAGGGAGGUGGCUAGGGAGGUUUCCAUGUUAUAGCAUAAUACGCCACAUGUGUUACACACAAAAAAUCACUUUGCCAAGAUUUAUGCUUAAAAUUUGGGGUUAUUAGUUCCGGAAGUAAUCAGUAAAGACUUGAAGAACUACGAUAUAGGUUUGGCCUGGCUUCUUUUGUUAAUCUAGCCCAUACAUAAGAGAGUCUGGCUCAUUAAUAGAUAUUGCGAUUUACCUCUGGUCGCGUAAGGAAGUGGAAGAGGCAACGACACAUUGACUGUUUAUUUCCAGUGGUUAAGCCUCAGAGUCUUGGGCUAUUUGUCAAGUAUAUGGCUGUCUGGGGCCAGCCUGGUGAGAGACAGUCUGACACCACAAGCAGAGAGUGGAAAACAUGUGAGCAACAAGGGUAAAUAAUUUGGGUUCUAGGAGAUUGGAAGAUAGAGACCUACUUGUGGGGUAGACUUUUUGUGAGUCCUCAUUUCUUUGAGAAAGAGAUGAUGUGACAGGAACCCAGUUAAAACCACAUUUCAUGAAUUGAGGAACCGGUUUUGUCUGGGGUUUCUUGUAAUUUCCAUGCAGGCAUGUUAUGAGGAUUAAUCCAGUUUGUAGUAUGUUUGUCGCUUUAGGUAAAUGGUGCUGUGUGACUCCUUGGUCACGUUGUUUUGUAGCCUCAAUCAUGAUUUGAACAAGUCCCUUUCUUUUUAAGUGACUGAACAGGCUGAGGAUUUAGUCUGCUCUGUGGGUUUAUGGACGCAUCAGUCAUAAGGCUCCAGUCUUUAUCUCUUAUAUUGAGGUCUGGGUUACAGCUUUUUUUUUUUUCCCCAAAAGGAGCAAAAAGCAGUGUCUUUUUUUUUUUUUUAAAGAGGGAGG